AUGAGCGGUAAUAAUCCUUAAAAUAUGAGUCAAGAAGAAAAAGAUAAAAGAAAUAAAAUAUUUCAAAAGGUAGCAUAAAUGAAUAUGUAGUUUGAAAAUUUAGAAGCAUAAGUUAAAUCAGUUAUCCACUAAAAUCUAAUGAAACGUAAGGAAGAUUGUUACAACAAAUAUAAAAAAUCUUCAGACGAUUUUGCAACCUGUGCUCACAGCUUAAUUGAAGAAACCCGUAAAAUCUCACAAGAAAUGAAAUUCAGAAUUAAUUUCUUUGAAUAUAAGAUGGAAGAAUGCUUAAAGAAAAAUCACGAUGCAAAUAUAUUGCUUCAAUGUACUGAAAAUUAGGAAAAACUUUACCACAAAAUAUUUUCACAUAUUCAUAAAUUGGAAUGA